AUGGACUGUGUUUUUCCUGUACCGGCCAAUGGCACCCGCGGGAGCGUGGAUGCGGCUCAACGGGGCAUGGAGUUCGCAUUCUCCUGGUUUGCAGAUCCUCUCUUCAAGGGUGACUACCCGCCCUCCAUGCGCCAGGCUGUCAGCUCGCGUCUCCCGUCCUUUUCCUGCCGCCGAAUCCUCGCUCCUGAUUGGCUCCUCGGAUUUCAUAGGCCUCAACUUCUACAACACCGCUCAGUUUGUGCCGCCCAGAAAACGGUUCAGAGUGGAGGGGAAGCUGACGUGGCAGCAGCCGUCCAGCACAUGCUGACGUGGAUCAGCCACAGAUAUCCGUCCAUCCCCAUCAUCAUCACUGAGAAUGGAAUGAGCGAGCCAAACCUCCCAUCACGCUCACUCGCUCGCUCCCUCUGUGACGACCAGCGAGUUCGCUUCUACCGCUCCUACCUCUCCAGUGUGCUCCAAGCCAAGCGGCAAGGCGUGCCUGUGGAAGGAUACUAUGCCUGGUCUCUUCUGGACAACUGGGAGUGGGCCAUGGGGUUUUCAGAGAGGUUCGGUGCAGUGUUUGUCAACUUCACAGACCCUUCACUCCCAAGAUUUCCCAAGGCAUCUGCUCUAUGGUUCAAGCACCUCCUAAGAGCACACUCGAUGCACUUUAGAGGGCAUGUGGUGCUGUAA